AUGGGAACAGUAUGCGGGAAAUGGUUGGAGGUUGCUGCGUGUGUUCCGAUGAGCGAGGCUGGGCUGAAAAUCCUCUUGUAUACUGUGAUGGGCACGGGUGCAGCGUCGCUGUGCAUCAGGGUAACUAGCUUGCUAUAUUACAAUGUAAUUACGGUAUUGAGGAAGGAUGGGGUGGUGCGUGCCUACGUGCGCGCGUGUCUGUGUUUAUGUGGGAGGGGGUGUUUUCCUUCAGCACGCGUUGACGUGGUGCGAGCGCGAGAGAGGGGACAUAGAAAAUUACAUUAAGCCCUUAUGGCGCGGACUGUUGCGGUUUUGGUAGCGUGGCUAUUAUUCGAUACUAAGUCACGCAGGGUUAGCAAGCAUUUGCUACUACUGGAGCAGCAGACUAGCUGGCCUAUCGGGCCUUCCGGAUGCAUUGUUUCCUCAACUAUGUAUCCACAUGCUUUGUUUACAUCUUUGUAUCCCCUGUAUGUCCAUGAGUUUGGAUUUUAAUAAGAGCCAACAAUUAUUAUUUAAUAUGUAAAUCUUUACAGUUGUAAGGCUUUAAGAGUUGUGCACACCUUCACAGGAUAUCACCCAAGGCUUUUAUUUAUUGUGUUAUGAAGGAAACAUCAAUUACAAUAUCGUAUGUAGCCGACACACAAUACAAUCUGAGUUUAUAAACUGUUAUUAAUGUCAUAUUAUUAUAAAUCAGCCUAUGUCUUGCAAAGUAAACCCACUAUGGCUGCAUUCAAACCACCACCAUUCUUUGAAAAAGGUGACCUACUUCAAGAGCCUAUCAAUAUUGGGAUCAUCUCGGGAAUAUCUGUGACAAGAAAUCUAUAAAUCAUUGUCACACUUAACUUUAUGCCCUAACUAUGCCUUCUCUUAAUUCAGUGGCCUUGUGGUAAGAGUGUCUGUCCUGAUAAGGUUGGGAGUUUGAUCCCCGGUCGAGUCAUACCAAAGACUGUAAAAAUGGGACCUGCUGCAUCUCUGCUUGGCACUCAGCAUUAAGGAGAUAGAUUGGGGGUAAAGCCCUGCAAUAGACUAGCAUCCUGUCCAGGGGGUGUACUUGUACAUCAAGCUGCUUCAAGCUACAGAAACAGCUCUUGCUCCUAUGAGUCGUUCCGGCUCUCACAAGCCAAGGCUUGUGCAAGGCUACUUACUUACUCUAUGCUUGCUCUCAACAGUAAAAAAAAAAAUACAAAUUAAAUGUUGAAGGUAUACCAAGAAGUUAGUUAGUUACAUAUCUAAUAAGUUAUGUAUCGGUUUUGGCUCCUUUGUUUGUGUCUCAUUCAUUUGAGUGGUAGACUAAAGAUGUGUCUGUAUUUGUGUCUUUAUGUGUGUGUGUGUGUGUGUGUGUGUGUGUGUGUGUGUCACAGCGUGCUAUGGCAUCGUCCAGGUGCCCACUGGACCGUGGUUCUGUCGAAAAUGUGAGUCUCAGGAGAGAGCUGCAAGAGUGGUGAGUAUAUACAGUACCAGUCAAAAGUUUGGACACAGCUACUCAUUCAAGGGUUUUUCUUAAUUUAUUAAAAAAUUUUACAUUGUUAAAUAAUAGUGAAGACAUCAAAACUAUGAAAUAACACAUAUGGAAUCAUGUAGUAACCAAAAAAGUGUUAAACGAAUCAAAAUAUAUUUAAGAUUUUAGAUUCUUCAAAGUAGCCACCCUUUGCCUUGAUGACAGCUUUGCACACUCUUGGCAUUCUCUCAACCAGCUUCAUGAGGAACGCUUUUCCAACAGUCUUGAAGGAGUUCCCACAUAUGCUGAGCACUUGUUGGCUGCUUUUCCUUCACUCUGCAGUCCAACUCAUCCCAAACCAUCUCAAUUGGGUUGAGGUCGGGUGAUUGUGGAAGCAAGGUCAUCUGAUGCAGCACUCCAUCACUCUCCUUCUUGGUCAAAUAGCCCUUACACAGCCUGGAGGUGUGUUGGGUCAUUGUUGAAAAACAAAUGAUAGUCCCACUAAGCGCAAACCAGAUGGGAUGGUGUAUCGCUGCAGAAUGCUGUGGUAGCCAUGCUGGUUAAGUGUGCCUUGAAUUCUAAAUAAAUCACUGACAGUGUCACCAGCAAAGCACCCCCACACCAUCACACCUCCUCCUCCAUGCUUCACGGUGGGAACCACACAUGCAGAGAUCAUCCGUUGACCUACUAAUGUCCAUUGCUCAUGUUUCUUGGCCCAAGCAAAUAUCUUCUUCUUAUUGGUGUCCUUUAGUAGUGGUUUCUUUGCAGCAAUUCGACCAUGAAGGCCUGAUUCACGCAGUCUCCUCUGAACAGUUGAUGUUGAGAUGUGUCUGUUACUUGAAGUCUGUGAAGCAUUUAUUUGGGCUGCAAUCUGAGGUGCAGUUAACUCUAAUGAACUUAUCCUCUGCAGCAGAGGUAACUCUGGGUCUUCCUUUCCUGUGGCGGUCCUCAUGAGAGCCAGUUUCAUCAUAGCGCUUGAUGGUUUUUGAUACUGCACUGUUCCGGAUUGACUGACCUUCAUGUCUUAAAGUAAUGAUGGACCAUCGUUUCUCUUUGCUUAUUUGAGCUGUUCUUGCCAUAAUAUGGACUUGGUCUUUUACCAAAUAGGGCUAUCUUCUGUAUUCCACCCCUACCUUGUCACAACACAACUGAUUGGUUCAAACACAUUAAGAAGGAAAUAAAUUCCACAAAUUAACUUUUAACAAGGCACACCUGUUAAUUGAAAUGCAUUCCAGGUGACUACCUCAUGAAGCUGGUUGAGAGAAUGCCAAGAGUUUGCAAAGCUGUCAUCAAGGCAAAGGGUGGCUACUUUGAAGAAUCUCAAAUCUCAAAUAUAUUUUGAUUUGUUUAACACUCUUGUGGUUACUACAUGAUUCCAUAUGUGUUAUUUCAUAGUUUUGAUGUCUUCGCUAUUAUUCUACAAUCUACAAUUGGCCCAGCGUCGUCCAGGGUAGGGGAGGGAAUGGCCGGCAGGGAUGUAGCUCAGUUGGUAGAGCAUGGCGUUUGCAAUGCCAGGGUUGUGGGUUCAAUUCCCACGGGGGGACAGUAUAAAAAAAUAUACAAAUAAUGUAUGUACUCACUAACUGUAAGUCGCUCUGGAUAAGAGCGUCUGCUAAAUGACUAAAAUGUAAAAUGUAGAAAAUAGUAAAAAUAAAGAAAAACCUUGGAACGAGUAGGUGUGUCCAAACUUUUGACUGGUGCUGUAUGUCCAAUAUAUCAAUAUAUUAUCCAUAUACUCAUUAAAAUCAAUGUAAUAUACUGCAUCUCUAUCAAUGUACAGCAUAACCCUGCCUGUUGUAGUAAUAACUCUGAUAGUACAGUAUGCUAUUGAAGCUACUGUGCGUAGUUGGUUAUUGUGAGGUGUGCUCUCAUUUCUCAUCAGAGAUGUGAGCUGUGCCCUCACAAAGAUGGCGCCCUCAAGAGGACAGACAGUGGAGGUAAACAACUGAACGCUGACUUUCUUCCCUCUAUCCUUCAUCCUCCACUUUCCAUCAAUCCCGCCUUCCUCCACGUUUGCCUUGUUUUACAAAUAUAUUAUUAGUGUUAAUGUGUGUGUAUGCACGUCAGGGUGUGUGUAUGUGUGUGUACUAAUGUGAGCUGUUCUCUCUCCAGGCUGGGCCCAUGUGGUGUGUGCGCUCUAUAUUCCCGAGGUGCAGUUUGCCAACGUUCUCACCAUGGAGCCUAUAGUGCUGCAGUACGUCCCUCACGACAGAUACAUCAAGGUAUUCUUCACUGUUCACUUCAACUUUUGAUAACCUUGUUUGUCUUUUGUGAAGGGUGUUCUGACUGUCAUUUGAAAUGCAUUGUAUAGGCCUAUCAAGAUUUAAUCAAAUUGGAUAUAUUGUUUAUUUAGCCAGAGUAAAUGGUUGUUCAUCAAUGUGCCUAUCUUGAAUAUUCCACACAAACGCGUGAGGACAUUUUUGUCAGAUUCUGUGAUUUGCAGGCAGUCAUUAGUAUACAAUAUAUUUUUGCACACGCAAAGCUUUCAUGAGAUCCUCCAGAGUUUUUCCAAAGCCUUCUCUUUGAAGUCCUCGCUGCAAGUUAGCCCAUUUAGAGUUGGCAUCUGGAUGGUAAUGUGCCAUGUAUCCCACCACAGUCUGCAUGCUUUUAGGCCUAAUGGUCUUGAGUGAUCGCUAUUGUGGAAAAAUCUAUAUUCAACAUACGCCCAUCAGACAGAUUUUUUGAACGAAAGCUUUUAUAUGAUUAGAUUACAUUUCUAUUAGAGUCAAUGGGAAGCUACUAAGAUGCUUGCUGCUGUACAAUAGUGAGUGCUUGUCUGGUAGUGGUCUCAUGUUACAGUGUCAGGUGAAGCUACAGUAAAUGGCUUGCACCUCUCUGGUCUGGGUUGUCAGAGCCAUUCAUCCGGAUUUGCUGCCCUGCAUUCUUAGAGAGCGUUUGAGUGGACAAUGGCCGUGUCCCAAAUAGUACCCUAUCCCCUAUAGGCCCUGGUCAAAAGUAGCUUUACUACACAGAGUAUAGGGUGCCAUUUGGGAUGCAGACAAUGAGUGAAGACUCAAUAAGCCCACCACCCUCCCUCCUUUACAGUAGCUCCAGAUGCUGUUUCUCUGUUUCCCUUCGGCCCACGAUACAUAUGGCUCAGAAGGGGAGAGGAGGGGCAGAUGAAGGGAGAAGAAAGAGAAGGAGCCCGCUGUUCCUUUGUCCAGCACCUGUUGCUAGGCCUCUCGUGCCCCCGUAGACAGCCAGCCCCCUCUGUCUGGGUAGUAGCCGUGGGGGAGCGAGAUUUGAACAGGAAGGGGGGCAGAAUGUUUCAUAAAAGGCUGCUAUCAAUGACAGGCUAGGGUUGGGCUCUGGGCGCUGGUGAGGCCCAUACAGUUGAACAGUAUCACACAGUGUGCAUCCCAAAUGGCACCGUAUUCUCUAUGUGGUGCACUACUUUUGACCAGAGCCUAGAGUAUAGUGCACUACUUUUUAUCCCUAUGGGCCCUGGUCAAAGGUAGUGCACUAUAUAGGGAAUAGGAUGGCAUUUGGGACACUACAGACAUCUAGAUUUGGGUCGUUCCACCAAUUAGGUACUUUUUGAGUAGUGUAACUUUUUAUUUCACCUAAUUUUAUCAUUCUGUCAUAAAGAGCACAUGUUCAACUUAAAAAAUGACUAUAGUAAGUGCCUAUUAAGUGCCAAAUACAGUAACAGGGUUGAUGACUUCAUCUAAAAUCAGCCAUGAAUCCCCUUGUGACAGGGGGAAUGGAGGCUUGUUGUGUGCGAUAGGGAGAGGCAAUUGAAUGCAUGCUUCACAAUUUAUAUAGUCUGUCUAUCUAUGGGUAACAGGGUUGACGUGUUAUGCUCGACCCGCUCAGUUUUCCACCACAAAACGCCAGAAAAUGGCCAAAAAGAGUAGAACCAGUUUACCUGCUUUUAAACUAUGACUUCACUAUUAGAUAUUCAAUGUCUCUUGAAUUUUCCAUUUAAAAAAAGCAAUACUUUCCCCAUAUUAAAACGAGAGUUCAGUUCACGUAACAGGGUUGACCUUAAAAUGAAUCACUAAUAACAUGAAAUAAAUAAUUAUCUUCAGAAAUGACUGUCAAAGCGACCAAAUAACUAGGGCUUUACAAUGAUGGUAAAAACUUGGACAAAUGUUGGGGUUAAGUGGGUUAAAAUCUUCAUAUAAGUCACGGAGGAUGCACAGAGGGACAUGUCAUAUUGCUGAAUUUUGGCACUUUAGCAAGUCUUUAUUCAUAUAAAAAAUCUUCCAUGUGGUCUAUAUUAAAGGGCAUUUACAGUAAUAUAACAGGAUUUUAAAAUGCAAUAUCUGUGCACAAUUUCUACAUAAAAUAUCAAAGGGACGCAAAAGCCACUCAUUUCGUGGAACGACUGAUUUACCUUCCAUAGCUAAGUCUGCCCAUUACAUAUGUGUGUGAUUUCAGGUUGACAUCUGCUGUUGAUAAGAGGAGAUAUGUUCUGGUCAGUCGUCAUUCUUUUUUAUCUUUCUUUUCCACCAUUUUUCUUCUUCUCCUCCUCUGUCUUUAGACGUGUUAUAUCUGUGAAGACCACGGGCGAGAGAGCAAGGCUGCCUGUGGAGCCUGCAUGACGUGCAACCGCCAGGGCUGUCGACAAGCCUUCCACGUCACCUGGUGAGUGGUCUGUGGGUGUGUGUCUGUGUGUGUGUGUGUGUCUGUGUGUGUGUCUGUGUGUGUGACUGUGUGUGUGUGUGUCCUCUCCCGUCUGUCUGACUGUCUGACCCUGUGCAGUGCUCAGAUGGCUGGCCUGCUGUGUGAGGAGGAGGGCCCUGAGGCUGACAACGUCAAGUACUGUGGCUACUGCAAGCACCAUUACAGCAAGAUGGUAAGAGACUGGCAAUCUAUUCGACUCUGUUUUCAGCUUUCCAUGAGAUCUCCAAUUCUUAUUUAAAUGGCAUGAAAUGUGUAAAUGUGUUAUAUGGUGUAAAAAGAAGGCUUUGGAAAGGAUUUACAACUUUUCAGUUGGAUUUGUAACUUCCAUUCACAUACUGCAUUGAGGAAGGCAAGGAGGCAUAGCUUUUCAAGCCUGUGUAGAGAAAUAUCCCCUGUGACAGUUUCCCUUCUAGCUACUGCCACCUAGUUGCCCCUGUAGCUGUAGCUAUUGCCCCACUAGCUAUUGCCCCUCUAGCUAUUGCCCCUCUAGCUGUACUUGCCCCUGUGAUUGUUACUGUUGGCAGCAGUGUGAUUCUCUGCCUCUCCACUGUGGGUUCCUGUAGCAGAAGAAGAUGCGCUCCAGUGGGGAGAACACCGAACGCAGCUCCUUCGGCCACUCUAGGGGGCGCUCCACCUCCCCCUCCCAGGACAAACACGGCUCCCACCACCACAGGCCCAGGAAGGUGAGUGUGUGUGUAUUGUGUACAUACUGAACGUGCAUUUGACUAUUGCUUUGUGUGGCUUGUAUUGCUGUAUUUGCAUGAAUGCUCAAAUCCUCAGCCUCUCCCUUUGGUUUCAUUCAGAGUCACAAGGACAAGAUGAGGCAAAAGGAGCGGCAUAAAAAGUCAUCUGAUGGUCAGGGGUCCUCACUGUCCAGCAGCAUGGACAAGGUAAAGCCUAGCCAACCCCAAUAUUUACACCCCUACGUGCACUCAGUCUCUAACCUCUCAUAUCUCUCAUAUCCUCUCUCUUCUCUCUCUCUCUCUCUCUCUCUCUCUUUUCUCUCUCUCUCUCUCUCUCUUUCUCUCUCUCUCUCAUAUCUCUCUCUCAUAUCUCUCUAUCUCUCUCUCUCUCUCUCUCUCUCUCUCUCACUCUCUCUCUCAUAUCUCUCUCUCUCUCUCUCUCUCUCUCUCUAUCUUUCCCCACAUCCACCCGUCCUAUCUGUCUUUCUACAUUGUUCUAAUAUAACCAUUUGGACUCCUAAAUAGUUUGAACUAUUGCGUAUUGCUAAGUUGAUACAUAUGUGAAAAUGGUUUUAUCCAGAUGAGGUCCUUGGUUGAACUCUCUUACAGUUUUUCUCGAUUGCUAAGACACAUUUCUUGAAAGCUGCUCUCCUUUUCUCUUAACUGUGAACACAAAACCCAAUUUUCAAGCUACAUUCACAAAACCUCAGACUCUUCUUGCAAAACCAAACUUUCACCUCAAAACAGUUCAAUCUGUGCUCAAAACUGAACUAUGUUGUCAAAUCGUGCCCCGAGUCAAUCAAAAUAAAAAACACUACUGAACAGUCACUAAACACUACGUAGAAACAUAGAAAACAUAAUGCUCAGGACAUGAAGCUGGAGAAAUAAAUGUUUAUUGUUCACUGUAGGCUAAAUGCAUGUUGCAAAACAAAAAAAAACUGUGCAUUUAGCACUUGUACAAAAAGACAAAACAGAAAUCUUGUGCAUUUACAUGUAGCACUUGUAAAAACAAACAGAAAUCUUAUGCGUUUGCCACUUGUGUACAGUAAGCCCAUGUAAAAAUAAAGUACAAAAAUAUACAAAUAAGUGCAUUACUCAGCCACAGCAUCAUGUCUCCGUACUGGGUCAGGCCACAGGACUUCAUCCACAUCACAGGCCACAUUUUGUCUGGCCAGGCAACGGGGGAAAAAACCCCUGGCAUGCCGUAUCCAGGCUUGGCAUGCCUCCACACCUAUGUCACCACAGGCAAGUCCCAUGGCUUGCAGGAGAUUUACCCUGGUGUAAGGUUGGCGUUCAUAUACCUUCCACCGCCAUGAGGAGAAUAAUUCCUCAAUGGGGUUUAGGAAAGGGGAGUACGGUGGAAGGCAAAGAUUGAUAAAACCUUGGUUCAUAUUGUACCACUCUCUAACCUGGAGGGCUCUGUGAAAACUCACAUUGUCCCAAACAACAACAUAGAUGGGAUGCUCAUCCUGCUGCCCUAACAAAGCAUCUCGCAUGUGAUUGAGGAAAAUGAGGAGCUGGUGAGUGUUGUAGGGCCCCAGGUUGGCAUGAUGGUGGACAACCCCAUGAUUGCUGAUGGCAGCACAUAAUGUGACAUUGCCACCACGCUGCCCAGGAACACCAACAAUGGCCCGAUGGCCAAUCACAUUACAGCCUCUCCUCCUUUUGGUGAGAUUAAACCCAGCUUCAUCCAUGUAGAUGUAUUGAUGGGGUCUUUCCAUUGCAUCCAGUUGAAAAACCCUCUGUAGAAAUAGAUAUAGUUUUGUAAGUGAUACGGAAAAAGUGAUUUAGGCCACUACAGUAAAUCACUACUUAGAGUAAUCAACAUUGAAUGUGUCUGGAUAUAUGCCAACCUGUACAUACUGGAAUCUUUGCUCUUUGACUCUGUCUGAGUUGAGAUCAAAGGGCACUCUGUAUAGCUGUUUCAUGCGCAGUCUGUUGCGCUUGAGGACACGAUCAACAGUAGAGAGGCUGACACUGUUGAUACCCUCAAAAUUUAAAUGGUCCUCAAUGAUCUUCUGCUGAAUUUCGCUCAGUUUAAUGGCAUUGUUCUCACGGACCAUAUCAACAAUUAGGGUCUCUUGGUGUGGGGAGAACAUACCUGUCCUCCCACCCCCAUGUGGCAGUCUUUCAAUUCUACAAAAAGAGAACAUGGAGUUACAAAAAAUAUACAUGGAAUACUAGUCCUACAAACAGUUAGACCAACCCUCCGUUACAAUACUACAGUACAUUGGUACAGUGAUGUACUGAAACAUAUAUUUACUUACAGUAUACUGUGGUACAGUAUAUAGUAUGUCAUACAGUAAUUGCUGUCAACAUUUACAUACUGUACUAUAAUGUCAAAAAAAGGUAAUUACCUGUUCUCUUCUCUAAAUCUUCGGAUUAUGGUGGACACAGUGAAUCUACUGAUGUUUGGUUGUACCCUUUGUCCAGCCUCCCUCAUGCUCAUACCAUGGACAAGAACAUGGUCAAUCACAGUAGCUCUGAUUUCAUCAGAUAUUACUGUUCUUUGUCUUCGCUGACCACCUCGACCACCUCGACCUCCUCUCACACGAACUCUUCCUCUCAGAUUUCUAUCCAUUGUAGGGCCUCACAAACCAGUGCUCUCUGAACUGGCUUACUGUAUAUGUUCCCUCACAUCAUUAGCCACAAGUGUGAUCAAUUUUGAGUUGUUGUGUUCAAGUGGUGACACCUGUGCUCUAAUUGUGUUUGACUUUUGUCACCUGUGCUCACCAUUAUGCAGCACGGGUGCAUCACAAUGAAAAUGUGUUGGCAAGUUAUGUCUAAACAGGUGAAAAGUGCUUAUGGUUUUGCCAAAAGAGUGAUUGAUUUAAUCAGUGGGUUCAGGCAACUGAGCAUUUGGUUCAGACAAUAGGGUUUAGUGUUUUAGCAAUUGAGAAAAACUGUAAUAGGACCGUCUAACAAUACUUUCUAAUGAGCGUAAAUGGCUUUAAUCUAUUACAUCAAACCGCUUCUCACUCUAUAAUGACACAUUUUCCCCCGUGACCUCUCUGUGUUGUUGAUGUAGUUGUCGUCGGGUCACCACGGCAACAAGGACAGCGAGGGGAAUUCGAAGAGGUUGAGCUCUCACAGUCAGCUGGGACAUCGCAGUAAGAAGACAGGAAGCAUUGGCAAGAGCUGCUCCUCUUCCUCUUGCUCCUCCAGUCCCUUCAACACUGGUACAAACCUAAUCCUUUAUGGACCAACCAACCGGCCAUUUUGUGUCCAAGUAACUUCUCAUUCAGUUCUGUUUGUUUGUGAAUAACCAAAUCCAUAACUCUCUAGUGCAGAACUGCUCGAUUUUUAGCUCUUUGUUUUGGUAUAACUUCACUGUGUUUAGUCUGAACGUUUGUUUUAUAAUGGUUUAGGUAUAACUGCACCGUAUAGUGUUGUCUGGUUAUUGUGCUGUGUUUAGGUAUAACUAUGGUGUGUAUUCCCAGGUGGCGGCUCCCAAGACUUCCUCCCGUUCUCCUCUACCUCUCGUUUGGAGUGUGACCCCGACCGAGGAGAGGACGAGCACGGUGCUGAGGAGCACCACGAAGAGCGGACCAGACGGACAGCGCCUGAGGAAGAUGACGAAGAAGAGGAGGAGGAAAGGGAAGAAGAGAAAGAAGAGGAAGAGGAAUUGGACAAUAGUAAAUACCACAACAAGGCCUCCAUGCAGCCCCCGGCCCUGACCCCGGUUGACGGACCUCACGGAGGGUCGUCGCAGGGUCACGAGAGGUCAGAGGGCGAGGCCAGCUCCUUCGAGACCAAGGUCACCAUCUCCACCUUCGGCUCCAUCAUGCGCAUCACUUCCUCCUCGGGUGGGCUAGGCGGCGGCAGCAGCAAGCUCCGCAAAAUCUCCUCCUCCUCUUCCUCGGGGGACUACAAGCCUUCCAAGUCGCUUCUCAAGUCCCCGCACCUAGCCACGCCCCCUAUACUGGAGGAGGCCGACCUAGAGGAAGACAAGGCCACGCCCCCACCACCGCUGCCAACACACCGGGAGAGGAGGCACCGUGGCAACAAGAAGAGCCGGCACGGACCGGGGCGCCCACGGGGGAGCAAGAACCGGGAGCGGACGGAGAGGCGAGAGGAGGAGUACCGUCAGCACCAUCACCACACGGCUCCUGCUCCACCUCCACCCCUAACCUCCUCCACCUUGUCCUCCUCGCUCUUCCCCAGCUCCCCCACCCUCCCCCACACAGCGUACUCCUCCACCCUGCACACCUCCUCCCUCUCCUCCUCCUCCUUCCCCUCCUCCUCCACUUCCUCUAGCGUCAGUUUCUCCACAGGCCGCGGCAAUACGCUGCUCGGCUCCGGUGAGUUUCUCACCAGAUCCGUCUGAGUGGGUGUGCUGUGUGGUAGCCCUCUAGCUUCCUGUGAGCGCACAAGUGACUGCAAGUGUGCACUUGCAUGUGGAAAUAAUACACCGCAUUUCUAUGUAUUGUGACUGUGAAUGAUGAACGUACACGUUAUAAGUAUAAGUAUGUGUAUUUAGAGAUGUUCAGGUAGCAAGAUACCUCAUUUAGAAAAUGGGGGCCAGAUUUAAGCUUGUACAUAUUUGCACUAGAGAGAAAGAAAAGGAUGAAGAAAAGUAACAGAUUGAGUAACAAUAAGAGUAAAGAACCCUUUGUUGCUUAUGACUUUUUGAACAGAACUAGAAGUGCAAGCUUUGCACAUACAUAAUAAAUCUGGCCUUAGGUAGUUAGUGAUCUGUGCGUAGUAAAGAGAUUUGCUAGAUUGUGGUGUUGUGUGUAGUGUCAACAGUGAGAGCGUGUGCGUCAAUGGCUGGGUUGACAUCCUGCUUUUGCUCUACUCUCAGAAGAUAGAACCUUAGCACUUUUAGGUGUGCGCUUGUGUGUGUGUGUAUGUGUCUGUACAUAUGUGCAUGUGUGUGUUCUAUAAAUUAAUUGCAUUUAUGAAUUAAGUCUGAUAUUAUUCUCUUCUUUAGGAAACUACAUCAGUCACAAGGACCCUCUGUCUUUGAGUAGGGGUGUCUGUAACACCCCUUUGUCUUUGGGCGGAGGGGUGUGCACCACCCCUCUAUCGUUGGGCGGGGGCAUAUGUAGCACCGCUCUCUCUUCAGGACUCCUGCCAUCUCACGUCUCCACACUGUCACUUCAACCAGUCAACUCUGCCCCCAACACACAGGUACUCCAGAAAUCAACAUCAUGUCUGCGUUAGAGCCCUGCACGGACAUUCAUUUUAAGCCCUACACAUGUCCAUGACAUUCAGGCCCUACCCUACCCAGGUCCGAUUGCCUCUGCCAAAUGUAAGGCCCUGCCCGAAACCCGAAACCUUCCUCAGUUAGUAAAUCCUAGUUAUUGAUGAAAAAACAGGCCCUACCCAGCCCUAACCCGAUGUAUAAUGUCGGAGCCCGUCAAGCUUGGGUCAGGUAGCAGAGCUUUAGUCUGCACCCCAGAUGGCACCCUAUUCCCUAUAUACAGAUAAUAAUAUAAUAAUAAUAUGCCAUUUAGCAGACGCUUUUAUCCAAAGCGACUUACAGUCAUGCGUGCAUACAUAUUUUGUGUAUGGGUGGUCCCGGGGAUCGAACCCACUACCUUGGCGUUACAAGCGCCGUGCUCUACCAGCUGAGCUACAGAGGACCACGAUGUAUGAUCUUAAUUUGAACCAGUUUGCUAAAGCAAAUACACUACAAGUUAAAAAUGUCCUGCAUUGCAGGAAGGUUCUCCUACAACAGGGUGAUCAAAUUAAGAUCCUACAUCUGUAGUGCACUACUUUUGACCAGGGCCCAUAGGGCUCUGGUCAAGGUAGUGCACUAUGCAGGGAAUAUAUAGUGCCAUUUGAAACGCAGCCCAUGACUGAGCUUAUCAAUGAUAUCAUGUUAAAACUAAAAUAGUAUCCCACAUGUAUUCAGUUGCCAGGUAAAUUAGAUCCUAACUUUGUUCUCUGUGUAUUAAACCCUUGUAGGUCCACCCAUGUUCCAGUUCUUCCUACAACCUCAGCUCCUCUCAGCCCUUUGGCAGGAUCCUUUCUACUGCCUCUACACUGCCCUCACUACUCAGCCAAGCCCAGACCUCACUUCCAGGUAACACACACACACGCUCGUUAGUGAGAUACUUAUGUUUGCUAUGAAGUUACAUAGGGGAGAGUGGGGUAAAUUGAACCAAAGGAGUAAGUUGAGCCACCCUUGUUUCUAGGAAACUAUACACAAAAUUAAUAAUUUUGCAAGGCAUUAUCUCUGGGAUAUGAGGUAACAACAGGGCCUGGCCUAUGUUAAAAGUGUUAAAAAAGUACAAAGUGUUUGUUAGGUGUUAAGCCUCUGUUAAAAGAUGCUUAAAAUUAUUAAAAGACAAAAAGCGAUUGUGAUUGCUUUGAAUUGUGUUGGGGAAAUAAAGAUAGACAUGGUUUUAAAAAGGUAAUGGUAAUAUUACAUUUAGUACAGACAUUUGUAGGCAGUUUAACUUACCCUGUCCCACGGCUCAACUAAGUUGUCUUAACUUACCCUGUCCCACGGCUCAACUAAGUUGUCUUAACUUACCCUGUCCCACGGCUCAACUAAGUUGUCUUAACUUACCCUGUCCCACAGCUCAACUAAGUUGUCUUAACUUACCCUGUCUCACAGUUCAACUAAGUUGUCUUAACCUACCCUGUCCCACGGCUCAACUAAGUCGUCUUAACUUACCCUGUCUCACAGUUCAACUAAGUUGUCUUAACCUACCCUGUCCCACGGCUCAACUAAGUUGUCUUAACUUACCCUGUCCCACGGCUCAACUAAGUUGUCUUAACUUACCCUGUCCCACAGCUCAACUAAGUUGUCUUAACUUACCCUGUCCCACGACUCAACUAAGUUGUCUUAACUUACCCUGUCCCACGGCUCAACUAAGUUGUCUUAACUUACCCUGUCCCACGGCUCAACUAAGUUGUGCCAAGAGACCACUUUUGUUUGGACAAGCUAUGUUUUCAAAACAGAAAGAAAUACUAUAUUUCCCUUGACGGAGUGAUGCUUAAUGUAAAAAAUUGCUCAACUUACCCCACUCUCCCUUACUGUAGCUACUUGGUAGUUUAUCGUGAUUGCCCUCUCUCCUCUCAGAGUCCGAGAUGGACGACUGUCGCUUCCCAUGUCACGACAACUCGCCACGAGAGAGCCUUUCCUCACAGUAAGUUUCUCUAUGACUCUACUCUCACUGUCACUAUCAAUACUAUUUUCUCUCACUGUCACUAUCAACACUGUUCUCUCUCACUGUCACUAUCAACACUAUUUUCUCUCACUGUCACUAUCAACACUUCUCUCUCACUGUCACUAUCAAUACUAUUCUCUCUCACGGUCACUAUCAACACUAUUCCCUCACUAUCAACACUAUUUUCUCUCACUGUCACUGUCAACACUAUUCUCUCACUAUCAACACUGUUCUCUCUCACUGUCACUAUCAAUACUAUUGUCUCUCACGGUCACUAUCAAAACUAUUCUCUCACUAUCAACACUGUGCUCUCUCACGGUCACUAUCAAUACUAUUCUCUCUCACUGUCACUAUCAACACUAUUCUCUCACUAUCAACACUACACUCUCUCACUGUAACUAUCAAUACUAUUCUCUCUCACUGUCACUAUCAACACAAUUCUCUCACUAUCAACACUGUUCUCUCUCACUGUUACUAUCAACACUGUUUUCUCUCACUGUUACUAUCAACACUGUUCUCUCUCACUGUCACUAUCAACACUAUUCUCUCUCCCUGUUACUAUCAACACUGUUCUCUCUCACUGGUACUAUCAACAUGGUUCUCUCUCACUGUCACUAUCAAUACUAUUCUCUCUCACGGUUACUAUCAACACUAUUCUCUCACUAUCAACACUAUUCUCUCACUAUCAACACUACGCUCUCUCACUGUAACUAUCAAUACUAUUCUCUCUCACUGUCACUAUCAACACUAUUCUCUCACUAUCAACACUGGUCUCUCUCACUGACACCAUCAACACUGUUCUCUCUCACUGUUACUAUCAACACUAUUCUCUCUUACUGACACCAUCAACACUGUUCUCUCUCACUGUUACUAUCAACACUGUUCUCUCUCACGGUCACUAUCAAUACUAUUCUCUCUCACUGUCACUAUCAACACUAUUCUCUCACUAUCAACACUGUUCUCUCUCACUGUUACUAUCAACACUGUUCUCUCUCACGGUCACUAUCAAUACUAUUCUCUCUCACUGUCACUAUCAACACUAUUCUCUCACUAUCAACACUGUUCUCUCUCACUGUUACUAUCAACACUAAUCUCUCUCACUGUUAUUGUCAACACUGUUCUCUCACACUCACUUUUACUUUUGUAUACUUUACCUUUCCAUUUCAUUCUGUCUCUUGUGUAUCACCUUUAUUCCAUUUCAAUCUGUUUCUGUUCUCUGUAGCCGUAUCCCCGUUCAUUUACCACUGUUCUUCUCACAGGUCUCCUAUGAGCAGUCUGCCCCUGCUGUUUGACCAGAGAGAGGGCGUGGGCCCUGGGGUCAGAGGUCGCCCUGAAAACGUCCCUCCAUCCAGCUUCCACAUAGAGCUCCUCCUGGAGAAGCAUGGCAACGGAGAGAUGGGAGCCAACAGUAAGUACACUGGGAUGCUUUGUGGCAGUCUAUAAUAUAUCUUCAUUCUCUGAGAAUUUUCCGUUUGUCUUUUUUGGGCGAUGUGUCUGCCUUUAUGACACAGUCUGUCAUACACACCCACUGUAAAAUGUAUUUUUGGACUCUUUGAAGAUUAAAUGGAUUCUUAUCAACCCGAGUCAGUCUGAUACACUGAUCUUCUUGCUUUCAGAUCAUUUCAAAUGCGCUGUGCUCUUCAGCAAUGAACAUUAGUGUAUCCCUUAGGACCUGUCUUUGCACAAACAGCACUGUGCGACACAACACUCAGUAUGGAAGCUGUAACAAAAAACAGAAGUGACUCUAAUACAGUGCUAUACUCUCACUCUCUAAUUUUCUCACUUUCUUUCCUACCCCUUUUCCCUGUCUCUUACCCCCUCUCCCAUCUCCUUCCCCCUUUCCAUCUCUCUCUCUCCUCCAGUUGUAGAGAUGCUCCAGUCCCUCCACUCGCUGCAGCAGGAGAACCAGCGUCUCCAGGACCAGAUCCUCAGCCUGACGGCCAAGAAGGAGCGGCUGCAGCUGCUCAACGUGGAGCUGGCCUGUUCCUUCCCCCUGCAGGUCCACCACUCCCACCACUCCGCCCAGGGCCUAGUGCCCACCCCCACCCACAUCAGCUUCCUCUCCUCCGCACACGGUCAGAUUCAGAAAACCCUCCUCAUCCUCCACUCCUCCUUCACCUCCUCUCAGAAGCUUUCCAUCCUCCUUACCUCAUUUGUUGUUAGAGUUAGUUUGCUAGUCUGUAUGACAUCUAUGGCCAAGUCUGGAAAGAGUGCCACAUGCCACCAUCCCCAAACACAAACCUUGUUUUUGUCAUCAUAAUCUGGAUGGUUGUGUGUUGUGUUUUUGGAGUUGGUUCCCUGUCCCUGUAUCUAUAUCCCUGUGUGUGUACCUCUCUUAUCCCUAUAGACCCCCUCAGCACCAAUAAGAGUCCCCUGUCUAAAAGCUGCUUCCUGAAUGAUACCUCCUUCAUCACCUCAUCCGAGGUGAGAACCCCUUUGUGCCCACCAUACCUUACCACCAUAGUAUCAACCAAUACCUGAACCCACUGUUCAGUUAUACAUUACACUUAUCCUUUAUCCCAAACUGUAGCAUUAAAGGUGACAUCUGAGUUUAAUUUCCAAUCAAAAGUGCUGCCUCUACUUGUUUGUACGUUGAGUAGCAACGGCCAUCUAAAUUGUUAAAAGGUUUUUAAAAACAUUCGAAUAAAUGCAACGGAAGGACAAUGGAUGAAGAUACUCCAAACUUUUAGAAUUGUUAUAAUCCAUCAGAUAUUGACAGAAUUAUAACACAUAAAAUAUCUUACUGGCACGGACAAAUAAUGAAUGGAGUUUAGGGAUUUUGGUGGGAAUUCAGGUAUUCAAUUUAUUGUAAAAUUUCACUUUUUUUCUUAGAAUGCACUCAUAUAUAAAUGUUGUUAUUGUAUCAGGUAUUGUUUUAUAUUUUGUGUUAAAAUUAAGAAAAUGUUAUGUGCAUCAUUUGCAUAAAUACACCAGUUACAAAAUAUAUAUAUAUUUUUACAUUUAUGACUAUAUGCAACAGAGUAACAUAAAGGGGUGGAGCAGGGCUGCAACAACCAAACACUUGCUCUGUCUACCCUACCUGCACUGUCUAGACUGCCUCAUUAAUUACUGUUGUUGUCACUUUGUCUUGCAUAAUUCAACAUGUGCGUCAAUAGCAGGGUACCCUCGGUGUAAAAAUCAACACGCUUCACUCUAGAUUACACCUAUUUAAACAUACUUUACAUUGUUUGCGAGAUCAAACAUAAUAUCACUAUAAUCCGAGUGUUCAUUUUCGGAAGUUGCUUUCAUUUCAGGGCAUCAAAAUAAAGUCAUGUUUCUUGUGAUGUAAGUGUCAAGACGGUGCGUUAAAUACCUGACGAAGCUUUAGCGUUAUUAUAGAUUCAAUGUAAAGACAAUUUAUUCUAUUGAGACCAUUUUAGCCAUUACCAGAGUGUGUUUGACAGGUCAUUACAAACAUUUCCACACUCGUAACGUUAACGGGGAAAAAUGACAGGCACAAGCAAGAGUAUGAAAGAGUCGCAGUAGUGAAAUGAAAGGAAUUAAUCCAGUGAGAUUAAAGUGACAAGUGGAUUUUUCACCCCUCAAACACAGGAAAUAGAUGGCUGAAAAGAGAUCCUCAGGUGGGCGGGACAUGCGCGUUGUUACAUUGAGGGAAUGGUAAUGUGUGAAAUAUGGGGAAAUGAAACGUACAGAUUGCACCUUUAAAUGAACCAUAACUGUCCUAUUAGUUUUACCCUGUGUUUUUAUCUUCCGACUCUAGGAGCUCCACUCUGGUAGUCCCUCCCGCAGUAGCUCAUCCCUCUCCUUCCAGAGCACCCCGCCUCCUCAGCAGAGUCCCGCCUCCUUCGGCCAGCCCUUGCUGAACGGGCUGGGUGGGCGGGGAUUGACUGACAGCCUGGGGGGCCUCAAUCAGGCCAGCAGUUCCAUGGUGGGCGGGCUCAUGGCCUCCCUAGCAGGAAGUCCCCAGCUGAACAUGAACGGCGUGCUGGGCAGCCUGAACGGGGUGAUCCAGUCGCCUGUCCAGAACGCCCCCCAGCCCACCCUGCCUGCCCUGCGGCCCCAGCCUCCUCCUUUGGGCCCCCAGGCACUGGCACAGGGCCUGCAACUCCCCAAGAGCAUGAGUCCGUGAGUACCUCCUCCCUGUCUGAUCACCAAAAAAGUAUAAUGAUAGUGUUGGUUGAUUGUUUUGUGAUGAUGUUGUUGGUCUAUUGCUGUUGAUCGGUUGUUGUUGUUGUUGUGAUAGCCACGGCCACUCUUUUUGUGACAGCGAUACAUUUUUAUAUAAUCUGACAGUGACAGACAGUUGAUUUCUUGUUGUGACUGUGUUGGUUGAUGUUGUGAAUGGCUGUGCUGACUGAUUUAGGUCUAGACUGUUACCGUAAUAGAUUUUUGUUGUGACUAAUGGGUUGGCUGGGUAAGUGUUAUUUGGACUGGAAGUGUCCCAUGAUGAGUAAUAUUUAACAUGGUUGUGUUUCAGGUCUUCCCUCCUGUCUGAGCAGCAGAAGCAGCUCCUUCUCCAGCAGCACUUCACUCCAGUAAUGACUCUACCAUGCCCUACAAACACACUCAGCCAUGCAAACACUUGCAGUAAAUGCUCUUGAUGUUUGGUAACGCAAUACAACACAACCGUGAUGAUAAGAUGGUUAUCAUAAGAAGUUAAGAUAAAACUGAAACAGUAUUAAUGGAUGAAUUGUCAGGACCGAAAUAAGAGAUAUAGCUGCGAGCAGCAAUGAACGGGGUUCACAGGAUGACAAAAAGGACACAAGAUCAGUUGGAUAACAAAGAAAGCACUCGAUCAUGUAGGAACUAUCUUCCAUUGUGUGAAUCUGACGUAUGGUUCAUGAGAAGAUGAUUUUGAGCAUUAGUGUUACAUAUGCGAAGAAUGAGUUGUUAUUAAUAGUUUCCUUGUUUUUUUUAGAUAUCAUUACCAAAUUCAGUGUGGUUCAUGUUAGGGACGUCUAUGAUAGCGAUGACAAGUUUCAAGUUAAUAAGCCACUGUGGAGUGGAUGUACAGUGUUUUAAAUGGACACGUCAAAUCAGAUUUUUUAUUUGGAGCUAGACGCUUGUUAGGGGGCGCUACAGGCUGGUGGAGCUGGAUAGGGGGGUGCUACAGGCUGGAGCUGGAUAGGAAGAGGUUGGAUCGGAUGAGUCUGGGGGUGAGGUGGCCGAGGUGAUUGGUAGGGGGAGGCUGCGGCUACAGCCCUGGAUUGGCGGCCCACUGCUGGUGGUUCAGGUGGUGCCUGAGCUUGAUCAGGUGUAGCUAAUGCCAACACUGGGAGCUGCGUUGGUGUGGAGUACUGUUUUGGACUGGAAUUUGUGCUAGAAGGUACCGUCUGAAACCUCAGCUGCUCCAAGAUUACUCCAUGAUUUUUGACGGUUGCCUUUAAAGCUUGCAUCAUAGCCAGAAGCUGUUGGAUUGGAUUGUCCUGACCUGAUGGACGAGGUCAAGGGUUGUCUUUGGUGUCCGGUUAUGGGGGUUGGACCUGAAUAAUACAGAACAAAAUUCCCAAGAUGGAGGAAAAUCUGUCCUGACGGAUGUUAUGGGUCAUUGAGGCAAAUUAGUUCAGCAUGAGGAAAGACACCAACGUUGCCAUACGAAAGUAUUCAUACCCCUUGACUUAUUCCAAAUGUUGUUGUGUUACAGCCUGAAUUCAAAAUGUAUUAAAUAUUUGUUUUUUUCACCCAUCUACACACAAUACCCCAUAAUGACGAGGUGAAAACAUGUUUUUAGAAAUGUUUGCAAAUGUAUUGAAAAUUAAAUAUAUAAAUAUCUAGUAUCAAGUAUUCACACCCCUGAGUCAAUACAUGUUAGAAUCACCUUUGACCUGUGAGUCUUUCUGGGUAAGUCUCUAAGAGCUUUGCACACCUGGAUUGUACAAUAGUUGCACAUUAUUAUUUUAAAGCCGAUUUAAGUUUAAACUGUAACUAGGCAACUCAGGAACAUUCAAUGUUAUCUUGGUAACCAACUCCACUAUAUAUUUGGCCUUGUGUUUUAGGUUAUUGUCCUGCUGAAAGGUGAAUUUGUCUCCCAGUUUCUGUUGGAAAGCAGACUGGUACUCAGUGAUGUGUUGUGUUGGAUUUUCCCCAAACAUAUCGCUUUGUAUUCAGGAAAUAAAGUUAAUUUCUUUGCAGUUUUACUUUAGUGCCUUAGUGCACACAGGAUGCAUGUUUUGGAAUAUGUUUACUCUGUACAGGCUUUCUUCUUUUCCCUGAGCGGUUUCCUUCCUCUCCGGCAACUGAGUUAGGAAGGACGCCUGUAUCUAUGUAGUGACAGGGUGUAUUGAUACACCAUCCAAAGUGUAAUUAAUAACUUCACCAUGCUCAAAGAAAUAUUCAGUGUCUGCUUUUUUAUUUUUACUCAUCUACCAAUAGGUGGCCCUUCUUUGCCAGGCAUUGGAAAACCUCCCUAAUCUUUAUGGUGUUUGAAAUUCACUGCUCGACUGAGGGGCCUUACAAAUAAUUGUAUGUGUGGGGUACAGAGAUGAGGUAGUCAUUCAAAAAUCAUCUUAAACACUAUUAUUGCACACAGAGUGAGUCCAAGCAAAGUAUUAUGUGACCUGUUGAGCACAUUUUUACUCCUGAACUUAUUUAGGCUUGCCAUAACAAAGGGGUUGAAUACUUGACUCAAGACAUUUCAGCUUUUCAUUUUUAAUUAAUUUGUAAACAUUUCUAAAAAUACAAUUCCACUUUGACAUUGUGGGAUAUUGUGUGUAGGCCAGUGACACAAAAUCUAAAUUUAAUCCAUUUUAAAUUUGGGCUGUAACACAACAAAAUGUGGAAAAUGUCAAGGGGUGUGAAUACUUUCUGAAGGAACUGUACAUACAAAGUUUCAAGUCUCUAGGUCAAACGGGGUGGUGGAUAUGAUGGUUUAAGUGAGACUGCUUAUAACAGUGCCACCUAUAGGCCAAUCGGUGGCAUUCUUUUUGCCCAAGUUACUCAUGGCCUCUAGUUUCUCUGUGCCAAAUUAGAAAAAAAGUUACCAAUCUGCUUGGCUGUUACCCAUAAUUAUUCAAUGAGUGUGACCAUGGCCAGGUUUAUUUUGGUCCCAAAAAAUUAAUUGAGAAAAAACCCCAGCAUACAGUAUAUGCUGCGGUCUUUUUUUGGCCCAGCACCGAUGGAUUAAUUUGGGAUGUGCAUAUCACUACCCAUUUUCCAAGUCCCUUAUCUCUUGGGCUGUGUGUGUCCCAGGAGCAGCAGGUGGUGGUCUAUCAGAUGUUGCAACAGCAGCGGCAGAGGGAGCUACAGCGCCUCACGCUGACCGGGGCCCUCACCUCCACCCCCACUGCCCAGUCCCCCAACCUGGGGGCCUCGCCCCUGCAGGGUGGCCAGGGAAACGCCCUCUUCGGCCUGCAGGAGAAUGCACUUCACAAGCCCGGGGUGAGUGCCGAUAUGCAGUUGUUCAAGACUCCUUAUUUGAAUAGACCACUGUAUAUAAUAAUAAUAAUAAUUAUUAUAAUAUGCCAUUUAGCAAUGUCAAUGCUUGAUCAACUGAAGCUUUAAAGAAUAAACUGCUUUUGUUGAUGUUGACUUGCUUUGUGAUGCUGUUAAACCUGAGGAAAUACUGUAGGUGUAUACUCCAUAAAUGAUGACAAAUAUAUGUGUGGGCUGAACAUCUAAACUCACAGGUCAGUUUUAAAUGUGUUUGAUUUCAGGGGAUGGGAGAGAAGGGCGGAGACAAGAAUGGCUGACAUGUCUUCUUCAUGUCUGAACUGUUGCAGCUAUAACAGCAGCUAUAAC